CGCCAGUUCGCGGGAGAAAUUCGAAAGUGGAUUCUGUGCCAGUGAGGAGGACGUGCGUGGUUUGGGCGGUGCUGGCGAGCGAACCUAGGACCUUGGGCUAGCUUGGUGAAUGCUCUCCUGAGCCACUGUAGCAGCUUUCCUCAUAAAGCAAGGUUAUGCCAACGGCUCCCCGCUGUCUUCACGGAAAGCUCUCACGCCUCAGCAUAACACAAGAAAGAGGAUAUAAACUGUUGAAUAAAAACUGAUUAUUUUCUGGACCUGACUGGCUUAUAAUUUCAGAAGAAACAAUGGAAAGUCAAGAAUUUAUUGUCUUAUAUACUCACCAAAAGAUGAAGAAGUCAAAAGUGUGGCAAGAUGGAGUUCUGAAGAUCACUCCCUUAGGCAACAAGGCCAUUUUAUAUGACGACAAAGGAGCAUGUUUGGAAAGUCUAUUUCUGAAGUGCCUUGAGGUGAAACCUGGCGAUGACUUGGAAAGUGAGCGAUACUUAAUCACAGUUGAGGAGGCUAAGGCUGCUGGAAGCCGAGCUGUUAAAACAGAUGGUACUAGAGAAGCCCUGGAGUCAGGUCCAAGGUCGUUUAUAUCCUCGAGCCGGUCUCUUGGGUGUCAGCCCUCUGGCUUAAAAAGGAAGGCUACUGGCUUUCAAAGACCAUAUAAGGUACCAAAGAGAGUGACUGUUACAGAAAAUGGUGAAUCAGCUGCCUCGUUUGGUGAUUCGGAACCUGGCCCGACAUUUCCUUCCCUGUUCUCCAGCACACCUCCUUUGUUUUCUGCUGUUGGUCAGAAAGACAUAAGUCAUAUACCAGCAGACCCUGAGAAUUCUGUCACCUUCAGGAGCAGAGAGAGAGGUGACAGGCCUUUUCCACUUGUCCCUUCAGCCUUCACUGUUAACUCAGACACACUAAGUAAAGAGGACAAGUCUUGCUCUCCCGUCACCUCUGAAACCCAGCAUUCAGACUCUUUGCUGGCCAGUGAGCCUGUGAGAAGAAAUGGUUUGGAAUCUCACUGUCCUGGAGUUUCACGAAACCUCAGAAGCAAAGCACAAAUAUUAGCUCUUCUGAAGUCCAAAUCUACCAAUGUGAGUAAGGAUCUGACCUGUGAGAUUACAGGGCGAUUUCCUAAAACACAACCACAGGGGUGUUCGAAGAUCGCUUCUAAGCCAAAGGAAGAGUCUGCUGAGAGGAAGAACUCAGGGGGUUUACGCUGUGAGCUACAGGCAGAAAAUCCCCCAGGAACUACAAGCCGGUGGACCAUGUAUUUACCGUCCCAGAGGUCGCCUCCCUGUUCUGCUACAGAUGAGAACGAUACAGAGGACAAACCUGAAGCCCAAGAAAAUGUGAACAUUUUGAAUUCUGAACUUUUGGUAGAAAAAAAGGCAGAGCUCUUUGAAACAUGUGCUGAAAAGGGAGAAUUGUACGGAGAAGACGAGCCAGUAGACAGUAAUUGCCAGUACUGGGAGCAUGAAGAAAACUUAGGUGUGCCUUCAUUCUGUGAAAACAACAACUUACUGGUUAGCUGUAGCAGUAAAGAAAGUGUGGAUUUCUUAUUAAAACCUGACAUUCAGAACAAUAGCCAAGUACUUUCCAGUCAGAAUGACAGUGUGUGUAUGAAGGGGUUGCUUUGCACUAGAGAAAGUAUUCAGGUGGCAGACGCAGAUGCAGCACUGGAACAAGAGUAUCUGUCCUGUUCAUCAGAAAUAGACCAUAAGCAAGCUGAAGUUGAAGCUUCUCUAAGUAACCACUCUAGGACCUCUGAUGACAUUGCAGACAUGGGUUCUAAAAGUAGAGCUGAUAGAGAAAGUCUGGAUACUAUUCAUCCACCUUCACAACCAUUUUUGGAAGUUUCUUUUAAUUUGAGCAAUUUUGAGACCAGUGACACUGAUGAGGCAUCACAAGAAGACAACAAACUUUCCCCGGAUUCAGAGAGAAGGGAAAAGGAAGUUUUGCUUACAGAUGAUUCAUGUGGGGACAUAGGCUGCCAAGAAAUUGCACAGACACCCUUGCCACUCCUACCCUCUGCCAGUGGCAGGCCUAAAGAGAUCCUUCCUGCUAAGGAGACCCCGUUGUCAGAGUUUUGUGAUAGAACCUGUGUGGGUUUUUACUCAGGACCUCAUGAAGAUGCAGACACCGGAAAAGCAGCACGGGAGCAGUGCGGUGAUGCAGGGAGCAGUCUGGACUCAUUGCAGGAGUGGAAUGAGGAGGUACCCAGAGAUAGCGGAGAAGAUGCUGAGAAACCUAUCCAAAGAGAUGGAGAUAAUGAUGGUAUUGUUUCGUCCUCAGAUAAACCCAAAGCCAGGAAAUCACAUGCCACAGUAGUUUCACAUACUCUGCUAGAGCGUCCUCUUGAGCAGUGGCCUUCUCAGCAGCCUGUUGAGUUUCAAGGACAUCAGGUGAAAGGAUCGGCUACUAGUGGUGUUAUGGUCAGAGGACACAGCAUACAGCUAGGAUGCAGUCAGUUUCCAGAUAGCGUUGACUAUGAAAACUUCAUGACACAGACUCCUGUUUGGACACCAGAGUUGCCUAGCACUUGUAUGCAAACUAACUUCUUGCAGGUCAUUUCACCAGAACAAAAGAUCUCUGCGUUGAGCCCCGUACCUACUUUUUCUUUCAACACAAGAAAUGAAGACUCUGUCCUUGAGUUCUCUGAGGAGUGUCUGAGAGCAAGGACUUUCCCUGGACUGAAAAACACUGAUUUUCUGGAGAGUAAGGACCGUCAAAGGUUUCCAUUUGCAAGUAGAGCCUCGGUUCCCUUCAUUACUUUGCCACCUGGUGAUGGGCCAGCAGUCUUAGAUUCUUGUUCAUUUAUGACUGAUGACGACGCACGAGAGCCUUCUGGUUCUCCUAUGUUGGACCUGUGUGAAGAAUCGGUCCUUUCAUUUGCCCUUGGACCUGAGGACCAGGGUGAGCUUUCUUUCUGUGAAGGGUCUAGAGAAGGGACUCCAGAUGUUUCACUGCUUCCUAAGAAUUCUGCUCAAAGCAAGUGGCUGAAAUAUCAGAACAUGCUCCAGUGCAACUCAGCUUCUCCAAACAGAAUUGACAGCGAAGUGACAGAGGGCCUCUUUGCUGAGGUUGUCUCUGGGAUGCAAUGUAGCCACACACGUGAGAGGCAGAGUAAUGCUGUGAAUGAAAGCUCUGUAGACCCUGUGCACUUGCAGAUGAUAAAAGGCAUGCUCUAUCAACAGCAGCAGGACUUUAGCAGUCAAGAUUCUGUUUCCAGAAAGAAAGCUCUUCCUUUGAACUCAAAGCACACUUCCAAGACUGAGGAAAUUCAAGCUAUGUUAGGAAGCUCCGCCAGCUACAACUCCAGAGUCAAAGAUUUACAGGAGAUAAAUGGUUCAGAGCUAUGCUUCCCGAGUGAGCAGAAAAUAAUAUCAGCUUAUCUUCCUCAAAGGCAAGUUCACAUACCAGCUGUUUUCCAGUCUCCCACUCACUAUAAGCAGAUCUUUACAUCUUCUAUCAUAGAGCAUCUGAAUAUAUUACUGUUUGGAUUGGCACAAAGGUUAUACAAAGCCCUUUCCAAAGUUGACAUAUCCUUUUAUACAUCAUCAAAAGGAGAAACACUGAAAAGUGGAAAAAGUAAUUCACCAUCCUGCCAUCAUAAUCAACCUGCCAAAUUAGUCAUGGUUAAAAAAGAAGGCCCAAAUAAGGGUCGUCUCUUUUAUACAUGUGAUAGGCCCAAAGGUAAUCAAUGUAAAUUUUUCAAAUGGCUUGAGGAAGCAACUCCGGGACAGUUAUCACAGGAUGAGUCUCAGCCCAACAUGGUUUUUAAUGAUGUUAAGAGUAUUGGCUCAUAUUUAAGAAGUCAAAAGAUACCAGUCUAUGAGGAAUGCCAGCUUUUGUUGAGGAAAGGAUAUGAUUUUCAGAGAAAACAGUAUGGUAAACUAAAGAAGUUUGCAACUGUAAAUCCUGAAUUUUACAGUGGAACAAAAAGUAAGAUUUAUCUUAAGCUGAGUCGGAAGGAGAGCUCUUCAAUUUAUAAUAAAGGUGAUCUUUGGGUGAUUUCAAAAACCCUAGACUUCAAACUAGAUACCUUCAUCGCAUGCAGUGCCUUCUUUGGGCCGUCUUCGGUCAAUGAAGUGGAGCUGCUGCCUUUGAAAGGCUAUUUCCCUUCCAAUUGGCCCACCAACAUAACAGUCCAUGCAUUAUUGGUUUGUAAUGCCAGCACAGAGCUGACCACUCUGAAAAACAUUGAGGAUUACUUUAACCCAGCUACUCUUCCAAUAAUGCCACACCUGUUAGCAAUGUCUCGGCCAACUACAUUUAACAAUAAAAAUGUCAGUAAAAGAAAAUUUAUCCCACCAGCUGUUGCAAAUAUUAAAACAAAAACUGAACUCCUGAACCUAGGAGCAACCCUGCAGUUAGCUAGUGAGUUGAUUGACAUACACAGGUUGAACAAGGAUCAGGCUCGAGCACUAAUUCAGAUAGCUCAAAUGAUGGCCUCCCAAGAAAGUGAUGAAGACACACUGGAGCCCUGCACCCGUUCCCUGCCUGUCACAAUUAUCCAUGGUGUUUUUGGAGCAGGCAAAAGCUAUUUGCUGGCUGUGGUGAUUUUAUUCUUUGUACAGCUGUUUGAAAAGUGUGAUGCUGGAACAGUUGGAAAUGGAAGGCCAUGGAAACUUCUCAUUUCUUCUUCCACUAAUGUAGCUGUUGACAGAGUGCUUCUUGGGCUUCUCAGUCUUGGAUUUGAAAAGUUCAUCAGAGUUGGGAGUGUUAGGAAGAUUGCCAAGCCAAUUUUACCUUACAGCUUGCAUGCUGGCUCAGAAAAUGAAAGUGAACAAUUGAAAGAACUGCACGCAUUGAUGAAGGAAGACCUGACUCCUGCAGAAAGGGUUUAUGUGAGAAGAAGUAUUGAGCAGCACAAACUGGGGACCAACAGAACCCUGCUGAAGCAGGUCCGAGUCGUUGGCAUUACCUGUGCAGCCUGCCCGUUCCCAUGCAUGAAUGACCUUAAAUUCCCUGUGGUUGUGCUGGACGAGUGCAGCCAGAUGACAGAACCAGCCUCGCUCCUUCCUAUUGCAAGGUUUGAGUCUGAAAAGCUAAUUCUCGUUGGGGACCCCAAACAGCUGCCUCCUACAAUACAGGGUUCUGAUGCAGCUCAUGAAAAUGGAUUGGAACAAACUCUUUUUGAUCGACUUUGCUUAAUGGGUUACAAACCCAUUCUGUUGAGAACCCAGUACCGCUGUCACCCUGUGAUCAGUGCCAUAGCUAAUGAUCUGUUUUAUGAAGGAAACCUCAUGGAUGGCGUUUCAGAGACGGAGAGGAGCCCUGUCCUGGAGUGGCUGCCCACGCUGUGUUUCUAUAACGUAACAGGAGCAGAGCAGGUCGAAAGCGAGAACAGCUUUCAAAAUGUGGCAGAAGCUGCUUUUACACUCAAGCUAAUCCAGUCACUGCUCGUAAGUGGAAUAACGGGCUCCAUGAUUGGGGUGAUAACAUUAUACAAGUCGCAGAUGUACAAGAUAUGCCAUUUACUCAGUGCUGUGGACAUUGGCCAUCCCGACGGUAAAGCUGUGCAGGUGUCCACAGUGGAUGCCUUUCAGGGCGCUGAAAAGGAAAUCAUUAUUCUGUCCUGUGUGAGGACAAGACAAGUAGGAUUCAUUGAUUCAGAAAAACGAAUGAAUGUUGCAUUGACCAGAGGAAGGAGGCAUUUGCUGAUUGUGGGAAGUUUAUCCUGUUUGAGGAAAAAUCGACUAUGGGGGCGUGUAAUCCAACACUGUGAAGGAAGGGAAGGUGGAUUGCAACACGCAAGCCAGUGUGAACCACAGCUAGACCAUCUUCUUAAAGAUUAUUUUGAAAAACAAGCAGAAGAAAAACAGAAGAAAAAGGAAAAAGAAAAGUCUAAGAAUAAAUCUCAUUAACAGAAACAACCACCAAGCAUGGCCAGGAGUGUUGGAUUGGUGUAAAUUCAGAAUCUUUUUACACUGUGUAUUUUUAAUAGUUUUCUUUAUUCUAAAGCCCCUAAUACAAAAAGUUAUAUUAUUUAAAUAACAUGCCAAAUAAGUGCAUGUAAAAAUUUGCUCUUUAAAAAGGUCUGCAUUUUAUAUUAAGAUAGGCAGAUGUUUGUGUGAUAGACAAAUGUCUUGUUUGUGAAAGAAACAAAUUUUACAAGAGUCAGGAAGGCAUUCAGUAUGCAUAAAAAAUACAUGGUGGUCUCAAAAGCACAGCCCCAGUCAAGACUACUAGCAGUUUCUUCUGAGCUGGAACAUUGGGAUUGAAAUACAUGAAUUGGCCCAGCAUUUAAAAACUAAAACCAUUAACAGUAAAAACUUCAAUAAAAAAUACAGGAGAGAAGGUGAGUCACAGCACUGUGCCGCAUACAGUAGGUGCUGUAAGUCUCCGGGCAGUGGACGGGACAAGUGGACGGGCCGGGCCACUUUCAGCUCUCCUCGGGUCUCCUCCCUGUGCACUUACCUGCACAGUACUUACUGUAUAUAUGUAGAAUAAAUGGAUAAUGUACAAAAUAGAAAAGUGUACAAAAUACAGAAGCUAUAUAAAAGAAAACAAAAUUACCUAGAAAUCCACUGUUCAGGUUAUCAUUAACAAAUUGCUCCAGUCUUUCUGUGUUUAUAGUCACUCUGUAAAUAUAUACAUGGAAGUUUUAGGCAUUGUUAAUAAAGGAAUGUAUUCAUAUACAGAUGGAAAAAAUGGCAAAGUCUUGAUCAUAAUUGAUAUGUGUAUUUAUUUUUAGCAAAUAAAACAUUUUAGUGACCCAAGUCAUUUAGUGUUUAUUUAAGAAUUAUUUUAGCAUUUAUUUCAAGAACACAGAAAAUUGUUUCCUUAAAUUUCCUUGUAAUAAAAUCUUACCAGUCUAGGGCUGGCAGGAUGGUGCAGUGGGUAGAGGUACUUUGCUACCAAGCUUGACAACCCUGAGUUUAGUCCUGGAUCCUCACAUGGUGCACAGCAGGGAGAGCCGACUCCUGCAGCUUAUCCUCCGACCACACACGUGCCAUGGUCCACAGGGCCCACCCCUCUCACAUAUACUAAAUAAAUUAAUGUAAUCAAAAAACGGUAGCUGAUAUUUACAUUAAAAAUGAUAAUUGUCUCUGUGGAACUCCUGUGUGAAAGAAAAAGUAAAUCCAACCAUAGUUACUCUUUUUCAUUUGUGUGUGGGCGUGUUCAUGCUUGUGUGUGUACAUGUGUGAGUAGGGCAGGUGACAGCAAGUGUCUGCUAUUACUCCAUACAUUAUUCCUUUGAAAUACCGUCUCUUGGCUGGAGAGAUGGCUCAGGGGUUAAGAGCACUGGCUGCUCUUCCAGAGGUCCUGAGUUCAAUUCCCAGCAACCAAUGGUGGCUCUCAACCACCUGUAAUGAGAUCUGGUGCCCUCUUCUGGCCUGCAGGGACACAUGCAGGCAGAACACUGUAUAUGUAAUAAAUAAAUCUUUAAAAAAAGAAAAAAGAAAAGGAAAGGAAAAGAAAUAAGGUCUCUGAACCUAGAGCUCAUGGUUUUUUGACUAGGUUGAUUCUCCUGCUACUCUUUGUCUUUCUCAGAUCUGAGUGACAGGCAUAUGGGAGGUCACCUAACCUGUUGUGUAGGUGCUGGUAUCCAAAUUCUGGUCUUCAUGUUUGCUCAGCAAGUGUUUUUGCCUGCUGAGCUAUCUGCAAUCCAGGAAUUACUCUUUUUAAGUGCUCUGUGAAGUAAAUGAUAAGAUUCCCCGUGUGUCUUUACAAUGUAUGAGGAAUAUUUGAAGCAAGAAUUAUAGAACUGUGCUUUGCCUGUGGGCUGUGUAAUAUAACAACUAAUAUUUAAAAUGAAUUCCUGUACUUUGCUGUUCAAACUUCCCAUUUUUUAAAAAAGAUUUAUUUAUUAUAUAUAGUGUACUGCCUGCAUGUAUCCCUGCCCACCAGAAGAGUGCACCAGAUCUCAUUAUAGAUGGUUGUGAGCCACCAUGUGGUUGCCAGGAACUGAACUCAGGACCUCUGGAAGAGGAGCCUGUCCUCUUAACCUCUGAGCCAUCUUUCCAGCCCCAAACCUCCCAUUGCUGUGGGAUGGUCUGUAUGGCAAAUGUGUUGCUGAUUAGUCAAUAAAUAAAACACUGAUUGGCCAUUGGUUAGGCAGGAAGUGUAGGCGGGACAAGGAGGAGAAUAAAGCUGGGAAGUGGAAGGCUGAGUCAGAGAGACACUGCCAGCUGCCACGAUGACAAACAGCAUGUGAAGAUACUGGUAAGCCACGAGCCAUGUGGCAAGGUAUAGAUUAAUGGAAAUGGAUUAAUUUAAGCUGUAAGAACAGUUAGCAAGAAGCCUGCCACGGCCAUACAGUUUGUAACCAAUAUAAGUCUCUGUGUUUACUUGGUUGGGUCUGAGCGGCUGUGGGACUGGCAGGUGAUAGAGAUUUGUCCUGACUGUGGGCCAGGCAGGAAAACUCUAGCUACAAAUGGCGCCCAAUGUGGGGCAAGAGUUUCCACCUAAAAACUGAGGAAAAAAAGAUUCUAAAAUGGAGCUAAAAACAGCUUCCUAAUUGUCUCUUUCAAAUGAGCGGCAGCUGCAGGUUUGAGCUACUGGUGGGUUCCUAGCGUGCGUGCUCGACCUGCAGUAUGGCAGGAAUGAGGCCUCUGCAAGUGGCACAUUAAGCUGCAUGGUGGAUUUAGACUUUGCUAGUACAAAACAAAAAAAAGAGGUUUCUGGGCUAUACGCUGCUUGGAUAAAAGCAUAGACCCACGAUAGCUCCCAGAGCUGGCGGUAAAGUACCACGGCCAUGUUGGGAAGCUGAGGUGGACAGAGCCAUCAGCCACAGCUGCUGCAGCUUAAAGAAAUAGAUUCACAAUAAGACAGAUUCAGAUGUAAUAGUUUAAAAUGUGUGUAAAAUAUUCGUAGGCUUGAAAGAGACAAAAAAGGUGAUAUAUACAGUUAUAUAAACAAAUACAUAGUUUUAAAAAAUAAAGUCUUUAAAGAGACAGUAAAAUUAAUAUAAAAAUAAGCCACGUAAAGAUGAAUAUUACACAGAGAAUCUGGAUUGUGUUGUCUUUGGGAUUUUUUUUUUUUUGG